AUGACUCUUUAUGAGAGUAUUACAUCUGGUUUUCUUACAGGUACAACUACAAGAUUAUUUGUUCAACCAUUGGAUGUUUUAAAAAUUCGUUAUCAACUUCAAGAGGAAUCAACUUUUAAAAAAGGUGGUGGAAAAUAUAAUGGAAUUAUUCAAAGUAUAAAAACAAUAUAUAAAGAGGAAGGAAUAACAGCUUUUUGGAAGGGUCAUACACCAGCACAAUUAUUGUCCCAAGUAUAUGCAGUUGUUCAAUUUUCAACAUACAUUCAAUUUGCCAAAUAUUUUAGUAAAAUUUUUAAUAAUAAUAAAGAUAACCAAACAAUAAGUGAUUUUUUUGCUGGUUCAUUAUCAGGUUGUUUAAGUAUUACAGUUUCAAUGCCUUUAGAUGUUAUUAGAACAAAAAUGGUUGCUCAGGGAACUCCAAAGAUAUAUAAAAAUAUUUUUCAUGCUACAAAAAAAAUAUCUAAAAAAGAAGGAUAUCGUGGUUUUUAUAAAGGACUUUCAGCAUCACUAACGCAAACAGCUCCAUAUACUGGAUUACAAUUUUUAUCAUAUAAUUAUUUAGGUAAUUUAUGGGAUAAUGCGACAUCAACCAAUAGCUCAUCAAUAGGAUCAGUUAUAUGUGGUGGAUUAGCAGGUUGUUUUUCAAAAUUUCUUGUUUAUCCAUUUGAUGUUGUUAGACAUAGAAUGCAAGUUUUACCUUCUGAUAGACGUGGAUUUGGUAAAACAACAGAAUAUAUUGGUAUGAUUGGAACAUUUAGAAAAAUAAUACAUGAAGAAUCAGUCAUUGGAUUAUACAAGGGUCUUGUUGCUUCUGUAUUAAAAGCAAGUGCAAUGGCAGGAUUAUCUUUUUGUACAUUUGAAAUAUUUGCUGAAUAUCUUCGAAAAAAAUAA